GGGGCACCAAGAAGCCAGAGCACAUCUGUGUCACUUUUCCAGGUCGUAUUCCAGCUGUUGAGUGCUGACAAUAAAGGUCACAGCCAUGCGUCCAGCUGUCAUCCUGCUGUUGGUGUGCGUCCUGUUCAUGGCGACAGUGGAAGGUCGUCGUCGUUACCAUUAUCACCAUCUUUAUCGUUGCCACUAUCCUCGUUUUUGGGGUCUACAUUGGAAGUGCCAGAGGUUAUCAUGUGGUCAAGGAUGGAUGCGCCUGAGAUGGAGAUACUGUGUUAAAAUCAUUCGGAGUCCACAAACCUUUUAUAAUGCACAGAGAAUCUGCCGCUCCUUAAAUGCCAAUCUGCUGUCAAUACACAGUCGUGCUCAGAUGAAACGCAUGAAACUUGUGGCCAAGUGUGCCAGAACUCAUUAUGCAAAUGUAUGGACUGGCGCCAGAAGGACAUGUGGGAGACUUCACUACACUGAUGGAUCAAGGUUCAACUUUGCUUCAUGGUCUCGAGGUCGGCCGAACUACAGAGGAGGGAAGAACUGCGUCUCGAUGAACUUAAGAUGGUGGUAUCGACCAUUUGCGACUGCAAGAUGCUCCAGAAGGAUGUUCUUUGUGUGCGGCAAGAAGAAGUGAUCAUCACCAGCUGAUGUUUGCUCUCAUAUUAAAAGUCAGCGUCGACAUGACAGCUGAUCACAUAUGCAGCUUUUCUAUCAUUCUCUUGCUCUGAUAACCACUGCAAACACAAGCUUUCAAAUUUACCGCAAUAAACAUGUCAGCAUUCAA